AUGCGCUACUGGCCGCUUCUGCUUCUGCUUCUGCUCGGCUUUCUGGGAAGCGCCCAUGCCAUAGCCAACAUCUCCGCCCAAGUCGACCAGCAUGCCGAAGUGCCAAAGUGUCGGCGCGCGCUCGUCCAGCAUUCCACCUUGGUCGCCGAAGUGAGCCAGACCACCUGGGAGGAUCAGAUUGCCGUACUCAAGGAUGGGAUUUGUUAUAUAUGCCCUGCAUACGACGACUCGAUGCUUGACCCGAGAACGCGUGCCCGUUUCUGCUUCUUCUGCGUUGACGACAACUUCUGGGCCACCAAGUGCGCGUCGCACUGCAUGAGCAACGUCAUCUGGCAGGGCAGAUAUUGCUUGGUCGGCCAGGGAAAGGCGGUCGUGGAUAGAGGCUCCCAACCAGAUCGAAUGGUGAUGGAGCUGUUCUACGAGGCACAUCCGGAGCUGAGCAAUGUUACCGGAGGACAUUGGUACACCCCGCCGACGACCUCUGUCGCUCCGCCGGCUCCAAAUACGACUAGUAUACCAUCCACUACGCCCACUCCUCCCAACGCUACCGUACCCCCCACCAACACGACCGGCACUCCGAUUUUGACCACGGCUUCGAAUACCACUAGUAAUACGCCCAUUACUUCCGGGCCCCCGCCGACAGCGAACAGUACAGCCGCGCCAACCCCACCAACUACGAGCAGUCCCACGACUCGCGGUCCCGCUGAACAAGCUGCACCCGACGUCAAGGCGACAGUCGACCCGACCGCUGAAGCUCUCCACAUGUCCACCCGUAUGGCCUUCAUCAUGGUGUUGCUUGUGGUGGUCAUCUACUGCUGUGCCAUGGCCGCAAUGGUGUAUCUGGGGUUGCGAAAGCGGAUGGAGAAGAGCCAGACAAACCAGCCCUCGCUACUGCAAAAGGUGGACGAGUCGAAGCAGAAGAAGCGCCUGUCACGAUCGUCGAAGUCGAGCGGGAAGAGCUCGCGAAGCAGCGGCCGCACGACGACACGCUCGGACAAUGACAAAGUGGUGCCGUCGGAGCGUCAAAUGGAGAAUAGGGAACCCACGCAGCGCUCGCUGGCCCCCGGCACCGAGAAGGAGAUCCCGCGCAAGGCUCCCACCCAGGAAUCGGUGCAUAUGACCCACUCGCAAAAGCAGAAGCGACUCCCGAAUGGGAUGCGCACCGUCUCCGCCAAGCCCACCGUCAUCAAC